UAACUCCAGAUAAAUCCAGGAACACGGUGUUUACGAGGUGCCCUUAAAGGCGGGCAGAGAACAGGAGAGGGUGACAGGAGAGGGUGACAUCAGGGCCCUGAGCAGAGGCACUAGCACGGGGGUGGGCGGUGGGGCAGGUCCCAGGCCUUGGUGGCCGCAAACCUGGACGGCAGGCGUCCCAGCCUGCAUCCCGCGCUCCCCCCACAGCUCGGCUGCAUAAAUUCCAAGGGACGCCGCAGGGCCCUCGGUAAAUAUUUGUCCAAGGCGCACAGGAGUAAAGGCAGGAGCGGGCAGGGUGUGACCGUCCAUCCGAGCUCUUCCCGGCAGCCGCACCUCGGGGGCCGGUCCCGCUCGGAUAAAACUCUCCGCCGCCAGCGAGGGUCGCCGCGUCGCAGCCAUGCCCAGGUACACGGUGCACGUGCGCGGGGAGUGGCUGGCCGUGCCCUGCGGGGACGCGCAGCUCACGGUGGGCUGGCUGGGCCGCGAGGCCGUGCGGCGCUACAUCAGGAACAAGCCCGACAACGGUGGCUUCGCCUCGGUGGACGAUGUGCGCUUCCUCGUGCGCCGCUGCAAGGGCCUGGGCCUGCUGGACCACGAGGACCUGCUGGAGGUGGCCCUGGAGGACAAUGAGUUCGUGGAAGUGGUUAUAGAAGGGGAUGCCAUGUCUCCAGACUUCAUUCCAUCGCAACCAGAAGGCGUUUACCUUUACAGCAAAUACCGGGAACCCGAAAAGUACAUCGCCUUAGAUGGGGACAGCCUGACCACAGAGGACCUGGUCAGCCUGGGAAAGGGACACUACAAAAUCAAGCUCACCCCCACUGCUGAAAAGAAGGUGCAAAAAUCCAGGGAAGUCAUAGACAGCAUCGUGAAAGAAAAAACCGUUGUUUAUGGCAUUACUACAGGUUUUGGAAAAUUUGCCAGAACCGUAAUUCCUGUCAGUAAACUAGAGGAGCUCCAGGUCAACCUGGUGCGCUCACAUUCUUCAGGCGUUGGGAAACCGCUAAUCCCUGAGAGAUGCCGGAUGCUCUUGGCUUUAAGGAUCAAUGUCUUAGCCAAAGGAUACAGUGGCAUUUCCCUGGAGACUCUCAAACAAGUUAUCGAAGUAUUUAAUGCCUCCUGCCUGCCCUAUGUUCCAGAGAAAGGAACUGUUGGUGCCAGCGGAGACCUUGCCCCGCUCUCUCACCUGGCACUCGGUCUCAUCGGGGAAGGGAAGAUGUGGUCUCCGAAGAGUGGCUGGGCCGACGCGAAAUAUGUCCUGGCAGCUCAUGGAUUGAAACCAAUUGUCUUGAAACCAAAAGAGGGCCUGGCGCUCAUCAACGGGACCCAGAUGAUCACCUCUCUGGGCUGCGAAGCUGUGGAAAGAGCCAGUGCUAUUGCUCGGCAGGCUGACAUCGUGGCGGCCUUGACCCUGGAGGUGUUGAAGGGCACCACCAAAGCCUUCGAUACCGACAUCCACGCGGUCCGCCCUCACCGUGGGCAAGUCGAAGUCGCCUUUCGCUUUCGCUCCCUCUUGGACUCGGAUCACCACCCGUCUGAGAUAGCAGAAAGUCACAGGUUCUGCGAUCGGGUUCAGGACGCCUACACCCUGCGCUGCUGUCCUCAGGUCCACGGUGUGGCGAAUGACACGAUCGCAUUUGUAAAGCACAUCAUUACCACAGAAAUUAACAGUGCCACGGAUAACCCUAUGGUCUUUGCCAGCAGGGGAGAGACUAUUUCUGGAGGAAACUUCCAUGGUGAAUAUCCAGCCAAAGCCCUGGACUAUCUGGCCAUUGGCAUCCACGAGCUUGCUGCCAUCAGUGAACGACGAAUUGAAAGGCUCUGUAACCCCUCCCUCAGCGAGCUGCCUGCCUUCCUGGUGGCUGAAGGGGGUCUCAACUCCGGAUUCAUGAUCGCCCACUGCACAGCCGCAGCCCUUGUUUCUGAGAACAAGGCUCUGUGCCACCCCUCGUCCGUGGACUCUCUCUCCACCAGCGCUGCUACGGAGGAUCACGUCUCCAUGGGAGGAUGGGCAGCCAGGAAGGCGCUCAGGGUCGUCGAGCACGUGGAGCAAGUGCUGGCCAUCGAGCUUCUUGCCGCCUGCCAGGGCAUAGAGUUUCUGCGCCCCUUGAAAACCACCACUCCCCUGGAGAAGGUCUAUGACCUGGUGCGCUCUGUCGUCAGGCCCUGGAUUAAAGACCGCUUCAUGGCCCCAGACAUCGAGGCGGCACAUAGGCUGCUCCUAGAGCAGAAGGUUUGGGAAGUGGCUGCACCAUAUAUUGAGAAAUACAGAAUGGAGCAUAUUCCAGAAUCAAGACCUGUCUCUCCAACAGCAUUUUCACUGGAAUUUCUGCACAAGAAGUCCCCCAAAAUCCCAGAGUCCGAGGAUCUUUAAUGCGUUCCGCCGUGGAUUAGCAGAUGUGAUGGUACUUAGUUUCACAGCAAGCAAGCAGUAUCUUGCUGAAGAAGAGACCUGAGGACUUUCUUGUGGAUCAAUCUAUUCUAUAGUCCAGGUCUCUAAUACCUGCUCUAGUUAGGCUGGUGACAGUAUUACAUUUACUAAAUCUAGUCCGCUUCUUGUUGAGCUGGUUAGAGACACCCCUGGUGUUUUCAGAUGAUAGGCGUUUUCUUGUUUCUUCACCAUAUCAAAAGGCCACUCACUCUUAAGAGUGAGAAGAGUAACCACCACUGCAUGGUUCUUUAAUUCUUUUUUUUUUUUUCUGUCUUUUUGCCUUUUUGCCUUUUGAGGGCCGCUCCCGCAGCACAUGGAGGUUCCCAGGCCAGGGGUCCAAUCGGAGCUAUAGCUACUGGCCUACGCCUGAGCCACAGCAAUGCCAGAUCCUUAACCCACUGAGUAAGGCCAGGGAUCGAACCGCAACCUCAUGGUUCCUAGUCAGAUUCGUCAGCCACCGAGCCACGACAGGAACUCCAGGUUCUUUAAUUCUUAACAUCAGAUGAACUCAAAUCUAGACGGCAUUAUUUUCCAAAAACAUUGUACUUUCGUCGAUCUUUUUGGGGUUUUUUUUUGUUUGUUUUUUUUGCUUGACAAGCUCUCCACUAGCUAACUUUGACUGACUGACCCAUGCCAAGAUGUGACAAAUGUUCCUUACUGUGUCUUCAUAAAAUAUCCUUUUCAGGUCAUAAUUUGGAAGCCUUUCUUUCUUUAUUAAUUGAACCCUAGUGAAGAAUAAUCAAGGGAGUUCCGGUUGUGGCUCAGCAGGAACAAGCCCGACUAGUAUCCAUGAGGAUGUGGGUUUGAUCCCUGGCCUUGCUUAGUGGGUUAAGGAUCCUGUGUUGCCAUGAACGGUGGUGUAGGUGGCAGACGUGGCUGUGUUGCUGUGGCUGUGGUGUAGGCCAGUAGUUGCAGCUGAUUUGACUCCUAGCCUGGGAAUUUCCAUAUGCUGUGGGUUCAGCCCUAAAAUGAGAAAAAAAAAAAAAAAUUGGUCAAUUGGUCAAUAGGAGAUGUUUGCAUAAAGGAGUGAAGGAAUGAAUAUAAAGAUUGCUAUUGGAGUGGCUCU